ACGGUUUUACAGUUGUAACUAGGGUAUUUCGGCGGAAACUAGGGUUACCAUGGUAAAAUAUUUGCAAAGGAUUUCCUGUUGUUGUGAGGAUCUGCCAUUAGAUUGAAUCUAGACGGGACUCGAGCUCGUGCCACGUUACGCUACGGUGCGUUAGCCUCAAAUGUGCUCCCUGUCAUUUCUCGGUAAAGUGCUGUCCUUCCAUGGAUUCACUCAAGUAUUUGAGCUGAAGUAGAAUAAUCGCAAGGAGCACAGUUGUCGGUAUCUGUAGCGUCUAAAUCUCAGAAAGAGAGGAACAGUGUUAUUUUAGUCCAAUAGAGCGUAACUGCAUUAUGCAGAGUGGAGCCCUUUUUCUCGCUCGCAAAUAAAAUAAUGGGAGAGAAAUGAGAAGGAAAACAAAAGCGCAGCGAAUUCUUGACUACGAAAAUGAAGAGGAUGAGGAAGAGGAACAAAAACCGGACUGCUUCAGUCAGAACGGUGCACAGAAACGAAGAAAACUGUUUUCUUCCAACGAGAAAGCAGAAGAAAAUUGCUCAUCCGACGCCGGGUUUCAGAAGUUAGACAUCAAGGUUAAUGAGCUGGAUUGUUCUUCCGCAGACCUCUACACUGACAGUCCUCCUGCUUCUGAGUCUCAGGAGGCUCAUUAUUUACAGUCCUAUUCGAAGAAGGAGCUUAUUACCAUGGUCUUGUGCAUGCAGAAGGAAAUGGACAACUUGAAGGAACAACUUAGGUGCCUUACAGCAUGUGGAAAGCUGGCAAGAAACCUGGAAAUGCUGAUUGAGAAGACCCAGAUGUGGUCAAAUGGGAACAAUGGGACCUCUCUCGGGACCCCAGAUUCUCAAGGUACGGCGCAGGCACCCACCGAGGCAGAUGCUGUGAUACCAGAUGUGCGUUCUCCUCCGGCCAUUGUGAAUGGGCAAUGGCUGAAUCAGGGUCCAGGACCACAGAAACCUCAUGAGGCCACUCAGAAUGCUCUAAGGGACGGGCUCUUCACAGAGUUUAUCACUCCUGAACUCUUGGAGAGGUGUAACACAGGCACCACUCCCCAAAAACUGACCAACGACCUGCUCCGUGGACUCUACGAGAGGGAAUGCCUGGCUUCCCACUCUAUAUCUGGAGUCAUGUUCAACAAGAGAGGCCAACCAAAGCCUGCUCUCCCCACUGAAGAGGUCCAGGCAAUCCUGAGAACCGUUCAGUAUUUCUUUCCUGGCAAGACUGACGCAGAGAUCAAGGGCUACAUCCGACAAAAACUGCAAAACGAAGCCAAGAGGCUGAGGAAGAAACCUUCACUCUCAGACCAAUAUGAGUCUAGAGGUUUCAAUGUACCGUUAGAUACGAUUGAGAAGACCCAGAUGUGGUCAAAUGGGAACAAUGGGACCUCUCUUGCUACCCCAGAUUCUCAAGGCACGGCGCAGGCACCCACCGAGGCAGAUGCUUUGAUACCAGAUGUGCGUUCUCCUCCGGCCAUUGUGAAUGGGCAAUGGCCGAAUCAGGGUCCAGGCUGAGCUGUAGAGGUUUCAAUGUACCGUUAGAUACGAUCGACCAGAAUUGAAACGUGGAUAUUAAUUGCGUGUACUCCAUUAAAUUAGCUUUAUUCGGUGUUACUUACAAUUAAAGUCCUGGACUCAAGUGAAAUUGAUGUGCGUUGAUAAUAGUCUUCAAAGAAAGCCACAAAGAUGUCUUGCAGCUGCCAUUCAGCGCUUGACAGUUCUGGCGUCUCUGAUGUGAAAAUGCAAAUUAGCGAAGUCCAAAUGUUGCAUUCACGAAAGCCUCUGGCUGCAUCGAGCACAGUCGACGCUUAGAUAUCGAGAUGUUUAGAUAUUAAUGAAUUAAUGGUGUGUCUCUGUGAACGUCUGUUUUUUUAAUACUUUGUAUUUAACAGAUGUAGGAUUUCAAGAUGUACCAUUGUGCGCAGAGCGUAAUAGGGUGUGACCAUUAUUUACAUUGUAUUUUCAAUGUAUUUCUUAUUUGAUGAUGUUUUUUGGUCUAUAUGACAACAGCUUUAUGUAUGUAGUUUUUUUUGUUAUUAAAUGCUGAAAACGCAGGUCUGCUUAUUGGUA